AAACAACAGAAACCAUAACCUACAAAAAAAACUUAUGCUGAGCGACAGUAGGAUAUUACAUUUCUUGUUGCUAAAUAACCAUAUAUUUCAUAAAGGAUGUCGAAUUUCAAUCUCGAAUCUAUAACGAAAGCUUUGGAUGCGGCUCCCACGAAAACCGGUGUCAGUUUUUUGGGAAAAGCACUUAAAUGGGAAACAGAAGCUGGCGCAAAAGAAUUGAUUGAUGCUAUUGAUGCAUGUGCAAAUUUGCAAUUUCUUAAUUUGGAGGGCAACACGCUCGGUGUCGAAGCAGCUAACGGAAUAGCGAAAGCUUUAGAGAAGCAUCCUGAACUAAAGGAAGCACUAUGGAAGGAUUUAUUUACCGGACGCAUGAAAACGGAAAUUCCAAUAGCUUUGAAAGCACUGGGACAAGGUAUGAACCUAGCCGGCGCUCACUUAACUGUGCUUGAUUGUUCGGAUAACGCUCUUGGGCCUAACGGAAUGACGGGUCUCGUGGAUCUGCUACAAAGUUCAACAUGUUUCACGCUACAGGAACUAAAACUAAACAACUGUGGUUUAGGAAUCACUGGUGGGAAGAUGCUGGCUGAAGCAUUACUUGCAUGCCAUGCUGCGAGUUCGAAGAAAGGAAAACCACUAUCCUUGAAACUGUUUAUUGCUGGUCGCAAUCGGCUAGAAAAUGAUGGCGCUAAAGCACUGGCAAAAGUAUUCGGCACACUUCAGUCAUUGGAGCAUGUCGAAAUGCCCCAAAAUGGUAUUUACCACCCGGGUAUAACAGCUCUAUCGGACGCGUUUGUGAAAAAUACAAACUUGAAAGUGUUAAAUCUUAACGACAACACAAUCGGUCCUAAGGGUGCUGCCGCUCUUGCCGAAGCAAUUUAUAAUUUGCAAUUCUUGAAGGAACUCAACUUUGGCGAUUGCUUGCUGAAAACGAAGGGAGCAAUGCUGCUUGCUGAAGCACUUCAAGAAUUGCAUAACGAUAUCGAAAUUUUAAAUUUUGGUUUCAAUGAAAUUGGACCGGAAGGUGGUUACGCGAUUGUGAAUGCAACAUAUAACAAAGACAACCUAAAUUCGCUUAUUCUGGACGGAAACCAGUUUGGUCAUGAGUGUAGAGAACAGCUAAAGGAAAACCUUGAAGAGUACGGACACUUGAAAGCUCUAGGGGGUUUGGAUGAAGACGAUUCUGAAGGCGAAGAAGAAGAAGAGGAUGAUGAUGAGAAUGUAGAAGAAGAAGAAGAUGUAGAGGAAGAGGAAACUGAAGGCGAAGAAAACGAGGCUGGUGAAUCCGAUCAAGCAGAGGCUGACGAAUCAUACUCUAGCCAAGAUGCGACUUUUGAACCAGAAAUUAAAGACUUACUAUCCGAGAAGCAGAAUAUAAGUACAGUUGAUCUGGAUCAGUCUAUUCCAAAUACAGUAGAACAGUACUGUCGUACUAAUUUCCCUUCGGAGACUAUGUUUUAUGCCCUACAAACGCCAAAUAAGGUGGAAGCUUUUCGACAAUACCUUGCCUCCAUUCCGUCUGAGGACUAUUUAGUACAUCUGGCAUUUACUAUCCUCAAACUAUCAGAGAUUUCAGAAAAGAGUGAAGAAGCGCUAGAAGUUUCCGAAGCUCUUCUUACCGAUGCGUACGAUUAUGCUAAAAAUAAUAAUCGAUUAAAAAGUCUUCGAAACUUUUUGCUCAUCCAGUUGGGGUUGCUGAAAUGUGAAGACAGCGCAUUCAAACCUAGCUACAAUGUUCAAGGUUGCCGGUAUGCUCUGAAGAACGCCAUUACUAAGAAUAUUGUGCCCGAGGACGAGCAAAAUUAUUUCAAAGUGUUUCUCGAGCAUCGUGGUUAAAAAGCAUUUGACUUACACUAUUCGUUAGUAUACUAGCUUAAUGCUUAGGAUUAUUUAUAAUUCACAUUGUUGCCACCAGCUUCUGAUGAAAUAAACGAUUAUUUUAUUAAACACAUACAAUUGUAACUAGUGACAUACAUCAAAAUAAACAUUCACAAAACAUUCAAAGUAACAACGGAAC